AUGUCAUGUUCGAAAAUAUUUUCAGGAGAUUUACCAGAAUUAUUAUAUGAAAUCAUUAAAUAUUUCCGAAAUGAUUAUUCAACGUUACAUUCAUGUAUUUUAGUUAAUAGAUUAUGGUGUCGUUUAACAAUUCCAUUAUUAUGGGAAGAUCCAUUUUCAAUUCUUAACGGAAAUUAUAAUUUUAUUGAAAUUUAUUUAUAUAAUUUAAAUGAUUAUUUAAAAACAAAAUUAAAUGAAUAUCAAAUUAUUGAUAAUUUAUUAACACCAUCAUCAUCAUCAAAUAAUAAUACACUUUUCAAUUAUCCUAAUUUUAUAAAAUAUUUAAAUAUAUGUAAAAUUAUUCCUUGUAUUGAAGGAUGGUUAGAAUCUAAUGAAAGAACAUCAAAAUUUAGUAAUAGAUAUUAUAUACAAUAUUUAAUUAUGGAAUCAGUAUCAGAAUUUAAAAGAUUUAUUAAUAUAUCAAUAAUUAAAUUAUUUAUUGAAAAUGAAGUAAAUUUAAAUACACUUGAAAUUGAAAUUUCUAUUACUGAUUAUUAUAAUACAUGUGCUGAUAAUAUACUUGAAAUUAUUUUACAAAAUCCAAAUUUUAUUAAAAAUAUUAAAAAUUUAAAAUUUUCUAUUUUAAGUUCUAAUAAAUUAAUUAAAAAUCGUAUAUUACAAAUAAUUAAUUCACAUCAAAAUCUUAAAAGAAUUUUAUUAGGUUAUAAUAAUUUUUCUUUAUAUCAAUCAUUAUUAUUAUCAAAUGAAUCUAAUUGUUCAAAUACUUUAAAUACUAUCAUUUUUUAUUAUAUUGAUUUUAAAAGUUUAAUUAAUUUAGUUAAAGUAUUUGAAAAAUUAAAUGUUUUAGAAUCUGUUCAUAUCAUUUGUUGUUAUUCUUUAGAUACUGGUUUUAUUCAACAAAUUAUUAAUUUAAACAAACCAUUUAAAUUAAAAUCUUUAUUUAUAAGUGGGAGAUUACAAAUUCAAUCAUUACAAUCAUUAUUACAAAAAUCUGGUAAUUAUUUAGAAAAUUUUGGUUAUGGAUUUGGAAUUACUAAUUAUGAUCAAUUAUUAAAACAACAAUUAUUAGAAUUGAUCAUAAAAUAUUGUAAAAAUAUCAAAUUUCUUAAUUUACAUAGGAUUGAAAAUCAAAUUACUUCUUUAAUAUUCAAUUUAAUUGAAAAUAUUAAACAAUUUCUUAAUUAUCUUUCAAUCAAUUUAGUGAAUCAUCAAGUUGAUAAUAUCAAAUUAAUAUUACAAAAUUUAGGACAAUCACUUCCUAUUAAACUUGAAUAUUUAAGUAUGAUUCUUCAUAUUAAAGAAAAUGAUUUUGAAAUAUUCUUAAAAAAUUCUCAAAAUACUUUUUUUAAGAAAUUGUUAAUUAAUAAUAUGAUUAGAGAAUAUUCUAAUGAUAAUAUUGAUAUUUUACCUUAUAUAAAAGAAUAUAUUAUGAAGAAGGAACGUGUUAAAUAUUUGGCUAUUAAGAAUACUUUUAUUAUAAGAUAUAAUAGGAAAAAUGUAGAUUUGUCUGAUUUAAAAGAUGAAGUGAAGGAAUUUAAAUUAUAUAAUAUUAAAGUUUUAAAUUAUAAUGAUUUAUCUACUGAUAUUUAUAGAUAUAUAAAUGAAAUCGAUUAA